UUUAAUUAUAUAAAUAAAAUGUUAUCAAACAUAAUUCUAAGUUUACAUCAUAAUAAAUAGUGCUGUAGUGCAUAUUCUUUCAUCUGUUAAAUAUAUAAUUGUGUAACCAUGUUCAAUUACAAAUAUCUUACACGGGAACAACUCGAAGGUUUCAAUAAUUACAAGUACAUGGCCAUAGAUACAAGCCCACUGAGUGUAUAUGUUAUGCACCCUUUCUGGAAUAAAGUUGUAGAGCUGGUACCUCGCUGGGUGGCGCCCAAUGUAUUAACGUUCGCUGGAUUCCUGCUCACCGUGCUUGAUUUCCUAUUGCUGUCGUAUUACGACUACGAUUACUACGCGGCCAGCGCGCCGUACCACAAUGAGACCGUGUCGGAGCUGCCCCUCAAUGGCCAUGUGGAAAAUAUACCGCAGUCAUUGUGGUUUGUACUGGCCGUGUUCCUGUUCCUCGCAUAUACAUUAGACGGUAUCGACGGUAAGCAAGCAAGAAGGACCCAAACAUCGGGACCUCUGGGCGAACUGUUCGACCAUGGACUUGACUCGUACUCAGUCUUCUUCAUACCAGCAUGCCUUUACUCUAUAUUUGGGAGGCUGGAUUACUCUAUAGCUCCUUUAAGAAUGUACUAUGUUAUGUGGAAUUUGCUAUUCAAUUUCUACAUAAGCCACUGGGAGAAAUAUAACACUGGUGUAUUAUUUCUGCCAUGGGGAUACGACUUUAGUAUGUGGGCUUCAACGAUGUUCUUCCUAUGGACGGGCUUGAAGGGUACAGUUUUCUAUAAACGUCACGUAUUUGGAAGCUACACACUGGCCAACAUGUUCGAAAUUAUUAUUUAUGCGACUGGAGUAUUCACUAAUUUGCCUGUAGCCGUGUAUAACAUAUACAAAUCAUAUAAAAUUCGCACAGGCAAAAUGCGCCCCGUAUGGGAGGCGUUGCGACCGUUGUGGUCGUUUUUGACUGUGUUCGCAGUCUGUUCUAUAUGGAUGCACAAGUCUCACCAGCUCCCUGAACUCGAUCUACGUGUGGUGUUCCUGCUUAUAGGCACUCUAUUCAGUAAUAUAGCGUGCCGGUUGAUUGUAAGCCAAAUGAGUUCGACUAGAUGCCCGGCGACUAACUGGCUGGCGGUGCCCCUAGCAGCAACAGCGGUGCUCUCACUGUACCAGCCGCGACUGGAGCGGGCCUCGCUCUAUGGUCUAACAGGGUUAGCGGUGGUCGCGCAUGUACACUACGGCGCAUGCGUGGUACGACAAAUGUGUGAUCACUUCAGAAUAAGCUGUUUCCACAUUAAACAGCGCUCAGAUUGACUCUUAGACGACAAUGCGUGCUAGCAAAGUGACAUACAAACACACAGCACUAUACACCAACGCAGUAAACGUAUCCAUCCUCACCAUACAUCACCACACAAUCAAUGUAGAUAAUCAUAGAGCUGUAAUUUAUUUUUUUAAGUAAAUAACAACCGCCUAUUCAUAAAAACGCCAAACGUCCAGUAAUAGCAUUUUAUUUAAUAAAUACAUGAAAACUUUAUUUUCGGUUAUCAAAACAUAUUUACAUUAUACAGUCCUAUUCGUUACUCCUAUUCGUCUGUAUGAAAUGACUGAUGAUUUGUAAAUUGAAUAAAAAGUGGCAAACUAUAUAUCGUUCAUUAAAUUAA